UGUCGUUGUUAGCCAUUGUCACCGGCACACGUAAGCGUAUUGUAAAUUUUUAACAAAAGAAAGCCCUUUUUUCAUAAUUUAUACACAAAAUCCACGAAUUUAUAGCUUAAAUAUCAAUAAAAUUUAUCAGAGUAAUUAAUAACAUAAGAAUUAUGUUCUACUAGCUAAAACCGUUAUCAAUUUCAUGGAAACUUUACAAUGCCCACUAAAGUUACUGUUAAAUUUUGUUUUCUAAUAUAAUACAUGUUCAUUCGUGUCAACUUGAUUCAAAAUGGAUUUUAGUUUUAUUAUAUCAUCUCUAAUAGUGUACGGGAGUGUGGCAGUGGCUGGUUUACUUAUUGUUUUAACACUGACCAUUUAUUUGACAGCAAAACCCUUUCCAAUAAUAGAAAGGUUCAAAGAAGAGGAAUCAUAUUGUGAUACUAAAUCAAAGUCUAGAAGUAAAUUUCCUAAAAUUGAAGAUGAACAGAGUGUCCAUUUAAGUGUUAUAGUACCAGCAUACAAUGAAGAAGAACGGUUGCCACCCAUGCUUGACGAAGCCAUAGAAUUUCUGGAAACCAGGAGCAAAGAACACUCAUCAUACAAAUAUGAGAUCAUCAUAGUGAGUGAUGGCAGUAGAGACAAGACUGUACAGCUAGCUGAGAGUUAUGUGGAGAAGUACGGCAGUGACAAGCUUAGAUGUCUCAAUUUAAUCAAGAACAGAGGCAAGGGAGGAGCUGUUAGAUUGGGUAUAUUAAGCUCUAGAGGGGCCACCAUACUGUUUGCUGAUGCAGAUGGAGCUUCAAAAUUUGAAGAUCUGGUUAAGCUGGAAGCAGCUCUCAAAGAUAUCACGAAAUGUAGUCCCAUUGACCAACCGCAAGAGACUAGCACUAGUGAAGCAAUAGUUAUUGGUUCUAGAGCACAUUUGGAAAAAGAGUCUUUAGCUACAAGAAGCAUAUUCAGAAAUAUACUGAUGUAUGGCUUCCACUUCCUGGUGUGGCUGUUCACUGUGAAGGGAGUGAAGGACACGCAGUGCGGGUUCAAGUUGUUCACGCGCAGGGCCGCCGACAUGUGCUUCCAGAGCCUGCAUGUCAACCGAUGGGCAUUUGAUGUAGAACUGCUGUACAUAGCACAAAAAUUAAACAUUCCAAUUUCUGAAAUUCCUAUCAGAUGGACUGAGAUUGAAGGAUCCAAAGUGACUCCAAUAAUAUCCUGGAUACAAAUGGGCUGUGACCUUGGCCUCAUUUGGUUGCGAUACAAGAUUGGUGCUUGGCAAAUUAAAUAUAAGAAAACAUAAUAUUUUUGUUAGUUUACUUAUACUCGUAAAUUGUAUUAUAAUUUAUAUUUAAUAUAUCAUUAUUGAACAACUUUAAAA